UUAUACAUAUGCUCCGGCGGCACGACGACGCUGCUACAACAUCACGACACGGCCGCCAUGGCAGCGAGAGAGAGAGAGAGAGAGAGAGAGAGAGAGAGAGAGAGAGAGAGAGAGAGAGAGAGAGAGAGAGAGAGAGAGAGAGAGAGAGAGAGAGGAGAAGAGAGAGAGAGAGAGAGAGAGAGGAGAAGAGAGAGAGAGAGAGAGAGAGAGAGAGAGAGAGAGAGAGAGAGAGAGAGAGAGAGAGAGAGAGAGAGAGAGAGAGAGAGGAGUGCGCUGCGGAAGCGAGUCCAGCAGAUUGAACCUGCUUUGUUACCAUGUUAA